AUGAAUACGAAAGGAAACUAUGCUUAUCCCAGUUGGGUUUCAACCGAGUCGCGUAACAGCACGAAAAAAUCGCAUUUUCGCAAAACGUUCAUGAAAUACGCGAAGCUCUACUGCAAGUACACAAAGCUCGCCGGAUUCAAGUACUUCGUGGACGAGGAAACGUCAUGGUUCGACAGAUUUUUGUUGUUACUGGCGUAUGCGUUUACGGUACCAGCGUUGAUCUACACGAUCUACGGUGGAUAUCUGGACGUUAUGCAGAAUCCUUGCUUCAGCAGCGUCGACACGGAAUAUCUGCCCACUCAGGAGUUGGAUUUCCCGGGUAAAUUGAAUAUACUCGAUGAAAUAGAUCGGAUGAAUUUUGAAAGAGGCAAACCCUAUUUUCUUCGCGGUAAAUCGAGUUACAACAACGUGAUUCUUAAAUUGUUUAUGUCGUUCAAUUUCGAACAGGGACUUAAACCGGUAUGA